GGCGGACGCUGGGGGUGAAGCAGUGGCGUCAGCGCUUGGCGGUUGACCGAGCUCCGACAAUCAGCUCGAAGCAGCCAGUUACAAACAACACCAUCACCAUCACCACCGCACCACCGCCGUCGCCUGCAGCAUCGCCUGCACCCUCCGAACAUUUCCUCUCCACUUCAACCGCCCUCGACAGCAGAGCCGCUUACGUGAUCGUGUGUCAUGGGUAACCAGCAGUCCAGCGCUGGAGGCGGAGGCGCUCCCGGUGACGAUAAGAGCAAGAAAGAUAAGAAGGAGAAGCCAAAGUAUGAGCCGCCACCACAGCCUACCACCCGCAUCGGCAGGAAGAAGAAGAGGGCUGCCGGCCCCAGCGCUGCCGCGAAGCUGCCCACCGUCUACCCCACAGCACGAUGCAAAUUACGGUACUUGCGUAUGCAGCGCAUCCACGACCACUUGCUGCUGGAGGAGGAGUACGUCGAAAACCAGGAGCGGAUCCGCAAGGCAAAGGCAGUGAAGGAAGGAGCAGGGCCCUUGAACGUCAACGCCGAUCCGGAAGCUGCCGACCGAAACGCUGACGAGAGGUCGCGGGUUGACGACAUGCGCGGCAGCCCCAUGGGAGUUGGUAACCUGGAGGAACUUAUCGACGACGACCACGCUAUCGUUUCGAGUGCGACCGGCCCCGAGUACUACGUAUCGAUCAUGUCCUUCGUCGACAAAGACCUCCUCGAGCCCGGCGCGAGCAUCCUGCUGCAUCACAAGUCGGUGUCGGUUGUUGGUGUGCUCACAGACGACGCGGAUCCGCUGGUCUCCACCAUGAAGAUCGACAAGGCGCCUACAGAGUCAUAUGCGGAUAUUGGUGGUCUGGAGCAGCAGAUACAGGAAGUGCGAGAGGCUGUAGAGCUCCCUCUGUUACACCCUGAGCUGUACGAGGAGAUGGGCAUCAAACCUCCGAAGGGAGUCAUCCUUUACGGUGCGCCUGGUACCGGAAAAACGCUACUAGCAAAGGCUGUAGCCAACCAGACUAGCGCCACUUUCCUGCGUAUUGUAGGAAGUGAGCUGAUCCAGAAGUAUCUCGGUGACGGACCCAGGCUCGUGCGACAGCUGUUCCAGACCGCUGCCGAGAACGCGCCAUCCAUCGUCUUCAUUGACGAGAUCGAUGCCAUCGGUACAAAGCGUUACGAGUCGACGUCUGGUGGUGAGCGUGAAAUUCAGCGAACCAUGCUGGAACUGCUCAACCAGCUUGACGGUUUCGACGACCGUGGUGACGUCAAGGUCAUCAUGGCCACCAACAAGAUCGACACUCUCGACCCUGCUCUCAUCCGACCUGGUCGUAUCGACCGAAAGAUUCUCUUCGAGAACCCUGACCAACACACGAAGAAGAAGAUCUUCACACUGCACACCUCCAAAAUGUCUCUAAACGAGGACGUAGACCUCGACGAAUUCAUCAACCAGAAGGACGACCUGUCUGGCGCCGACAUCAAGGCUAUCUGCUCAGAGGCUGGUCUCCUGGCUCUUCGCGAGCGCAGGAUGCGGGUACAAAUGGAUGACUUCCGCCAAGCCAGAGAGCGCGUACUGAAGACGAAGAGCGAGGGUGAGCCCGAGGGAUUGUACUUGUAGGCUUGGAGAGAAGGAGGCUUGGGUACGACACGGCUUUAAGACUCGAGACUUUAUUGACAUGUAUCAGUAGACUUCAACAUGCGCUCUGCACGGUGCAGUAAUAUGUACCAGGUCGAGUCAUUUCAUCAUCGGUGCCAUUUCCUACACAUGACCAUCG